AUGUGGUGGAAGGAAACAUAUUUCACGGAUUUCAGUUUGAGUGAAGAGGAGGCGGUCACUGACGAGAAUGAUCCAGUGCUCAGUUUUGAGGGGACUGUCGAGUAUCUUUUUACGGAAAUGAGCAAAUGUUUCUUCGAAGAACAAUCUCAAUUUGCUUCGAAACAAAUAGGAAGGAUCUUGCACUCAAACUGUGUCCUUAAUCUCCUGGCAAUACCAGAGAGCGAUGAUCAUUUCACAAUGGACGUCAUCAGCGGGAGCUGCUACGACUUGACCGAUGAAGCACUCACUCCGUUGAUACGUCGAUGUGCAUGGGGAUCUGCCAAAAUGUACAAAGAAAAUAUCCAGACAAUCUCAGAUAGAAUGAAUGUGUUGUUUGAGAGACACUAUCGUGGUAAAUUGCUUCAAAAGGAGGAAAGCACUUACGAAGAAGGUUUGUCUUUGGCUUUGGAUCUCGAGGAGGCAAAUGAGCUCAUUGAUUGCCAUCACGAGUCACUCGACAAAAAAAUUCAUGACUUGAUGUCGAAAAAUGGUGAAAUGGAGGAUCCCGAAUUAAGGGCAAGGUUUGCUUUUACCAAGAGCGAAUUGACCUUGGAAAACUUUCUUUGGGCAAAGGUUUUGUAUAAGCCAACAUCCAGAGCACAACUGUACUUCAAAAAUAACUUUCUCAACCCACAUGACAAAAUCUUACUGUGGCUUAAUCGUGACAAGAUUCAAGCUACUUGGGAGCAAGCUGACGUACUUGUACGCCUCGGCCUAGACAUGGUGCCACCGAAGAGAGCCACAGUUGACAGAAUCAGGCGAAACCUCAAGUAUGCUCUUCAGAAAAGUCCAAGCAAGAGAAAAUUGAGCGCUGUUGUUUCUUCCAUAGAAAGAGCCAAACCCUAUCGAGUUGUUUACGAUACCUAUGACAUGAGUUGUUGCAUCAGGUUCUGCUACAUGUACUGCUCAUAUUGUCACUUAACAGGGCAUACAUACGAUGAAUGCCCUGAAAUUGAGCACGACGAUUAG